UCAUGUUUACAGUCAGGCGCCCCACCAGUCUGCCACAGCACCCGGCCCCUGCGACCACGCAACGGCAGCGACGCAUCAGUCAAGCGGAGGCCCUUCAUGACAGGGCAGAAAGAAACCAAACGCAGGGAGGGACCGAACGUAGCGGACAUGGACCAGGACCGAGAACCUUUAGACCCAGUCUCCAGGAGCGACGGCGUCGUCGUGGUCCCAGUGGAGAACGGACGGGAGGCAAAUAACGUGCCAGGAUCGCCCAACGGUUGUUACGGUCGCUGCAUGCCGCGUUUCUGUGCGAUUUUCGCCUUCGCUGUCACAUUCUUCGUCGUGAAAUUCAUAAUUCGCGUAAUUAUAAACCUUGGCCGUUCGAUGCAAGAGCACCAACAGACGCUUCACUUACCCGACGUAGGGGUCCCCGUGAUCAAACCUCCAGAGAGAGAUCAGCUUCUAUUGGACAUAUUGCGGAAGCGAAAUUGGGCUGUUAACCCAUGAGGUUAGAAAAUUCUUCUAAACGUGCACACGAUUUCCUAUAUGUCAUCUUUUAUGGUACGAAACCACAAAAGAACGAGUCACAUUCGGAAAUAUUGAUGACUUAUGUAACGAAAGUUUUUUUUUGAAUAAAUUGUAAUUUAUGCAUUUUAUGAGUGUCGAUACAUAGCAAUAAACAAACUAUUAGUAACCAA